AUGAGAAAGCCUUGUUGUGACAAAGAAAACAUCAAUAAAGGUGCUUGGUCUAAGCAAGAAGAUCAAAAGCUUAUUGAUUAUAUACAAGUUCAUGGUGAAGGAUGUUGGGGUUCCAUUCCUCAAGCUGCUGGGUUGCAUCGCUGUGGCAAAAGUUGUAGACUAAGAUGGUUAAACUACUUACGACCAGAUAUCAAACGUGGAAUCUUCGCACAAGAUGAAGAGGAUCUCGUCAUUAAACUCCAUGCUCUCCUUGGCAAUCGGUGGGCACUCAUAGCUGGAAGAUUGCCAGGACGUACAGAUAAUGAGGUGAAGAACUAUUGGAAUUCUCAUAUUCGUAGAAAGCUAAUAAAAAUGGGAAUUGAUCCAAAUAAUCACAAGUUGCACAAAGGCUUUCCUAGUACUAAUCCUCAUGUUUCUAUUGUUGGCACAUCAUCAUGUGACGAGUCCAUGAACAAAGAUAAUAAUAAAGUCUCCUUCAACAAAUCGUGUGAUGCUAUCACAAAGAAAGAAGCAUCAACAAAUAAUUCUUCAUCCUCUUUGAAUCUUGACUUAACCAUUGCAUUACCUUCGUAUGAUUGUGAGUCUCAGAAGACUAUUGAUCUUAAUUGUUAA